UGAGAAGACAGCUUUAGAGUUGCAGAUGUCAACUGUGGCCUUCCUGAGCACAUUGGUAUCGGCGGUGCCAGCCAGACAGCACAUGUGGCUCGUGGCUGUCAUUACUGGAAGGUGGAGGGAGCUAUGACACAGUUUAAUUAAAGGUCCUAUUACUACUGGAUUUGCAAGAUUUUAAUAUGAAUUUUUCUUUGAAUUAUGAUUUAAAUAUCAAAAAUCUUUAAAUUUUUUUAAAAAGGGAAAUAUUUUAGUUUUGGAAGUCAGAAUGCCAAGGAAAAGGAAAAAUCUUGGGGGAAAUCCUUUGCGGAAGACUGCAAACUCUCAGGAAAUUGUCGUAUCCCGUGUUGCUAGUCCUGAGGAGCCAACCACUACUCUCCCUUCCAUGUGUGAGACAAAAAUUGCUCAGGAAGAACUCUUCACCAGUAUCUCAGAGAUGUUUUCUGCUCUGGAUCCUGAUGUAGUGUAUUUGAUGCUUUCUGAAUGUGAUUUUAAAGUUGAAAAUGCUAUGGACUGUCUACUAGAAUUAUCUGCCACUGAUGCCAAGAUGGAAGAAUCGCCUUCACAAACUUGUGUUGCUUGUGAGGACAAGCCAGUUGCAUCAGGAAGUGCAGCAAUGGACAUGCGUCCUCCUGAAGAAGACAGUGAAGAUUCAAAACUGGAUUCAUUUUUGGAUAUGCAGCUAACUGAAGACUUGGAUUCCUUAAUACAGAAUGCUUUCGAGAAAUUGAACUCUUCUCCUGAUGACCAAGUAUAUUCAUUUUUGCCUUUGCAAGAUGCUAAGAGUUUUAAUAACCCUUCUACCUUUAUGAAUUCAGAUUCUAGUGGUAUGACUUCUGUUCUUUCUGUACAGAAUACGGGCUCAAACAAUGAAAUUCUCCAGAAUUCUGCUGCUUCACUAGGUUCAAACCCACUGACUUCACCUUCAGUUUUGAAUGAGUCUGAAAGUUUUACCAAGGGUAGCACGCUGGCAGUAGACGGUGGCUUCUCAGAAGAUUCUCCUCUCAGUGGCUCUUUAAAUCCAGCAGAUGACUCUGUUGUAGGUUCUGGCAAUUUUAGCCAAAGACAGAAAGAUCUUUUAGAACCCAAGUGUCCUAGUACACAGUGUCCUCAAGCCCUUGUAGAUUUGGGUACCAGUGAACCUCAGGUUCCUUCAAAUCUUCCUCUACAAAAUCCAGGGCUUGAUUUACCAGGUACAGAUGGGGACCGGAAAUCUGCUUCUGUGCCUGAUGUUUUUGUGCCCUCUGAAGGGUUCAGUUUCAAGCCACACAAACAUCCUGAACUGCCACCAAAGGGGAAGGAUAUGAACUACUGCCCAGUUCUUGCCCCUCUCCCUUUACUCCUUCCUCCUCCACCACCUCCACCAAUUUGGAACCCCAUGAUUCCUGCUUUUGACCUCUUUCAAGGAAACCAUGGCUUCGUAGCGCCUGUUGUGACCACAGCUGCACACUGGAGACCUGUCAACUACACAUUUCCACCCCCCAUCAUCUCCCAUACUUCCCCAACAAAAGCAUGGAGAAACAGUGAGGGGACAAGUGCUUACCAAGUGCAAGAGGCCCCGGUGUCCCAGCCUGCCAGGAAGAAGACCACAUCUUAUGUUGGCUUAGUUCUUGUGCUUCUCAGAGGGCUACCGGGCUCAGGGAAGUCCUUUCUGGCAAGGACUUUGCAAGAGGAUAACCCAGGUGGAGUGAUUCUUAGUACUGAUGAUUACUUUUAUAUAAACGGACAGUACCAGUUUGAUGUAAAGUACUUAGGAGAAGCCCAUGAGUGGAACCAGAAUCGAGCAAAAGAAGCAUUUGAGAAGAAGGUAUCGCCAGUAAUCAUAGAUAAUACAAACCUUCAAGCAUGGGAAAUGAAGCCAUAUGUUGCUUUGUCUCAGAAGCAUAAAUAUAAGGUCCUUUUCCGGGAACCAGACACAUGGUGGAAGUUCAAACCAAAGGAGCUUGCAAGGCGUAAUAUUCAUGGAGUGAGCAAAGAGAAAAUAGCGAGAAUGUUGGAGCACUACCAGCGCUUUGUAUCCGUUCCGAUCAUCAUGAGUUCUUCAGACCCAGAGAGGACGGAGCGCAUCGCAUUGUGUGCAUAUGCCUGUGAGGACCAGAGUUCUGGCCCAGGAGACAAUGAAGCUAUUACCUCUGAAAAAGAAGAGAAUGUUUUAUCCACAUCUGUGAAGCACUUAGAGUUACCUGAGGAGAAGACACCUGAAGUGGCCAAAGAAGCAGUGUUCCCCGAGGGCACUUCCCCCCUCCCUCGUGCCAGUUUAAACAGAGGAAGAAAGGAGAUGAGCACCUUGGGUCAUGGUGUUCACAGCAGCCCCUUCUUGCGGGAAGCCCCAAACACCUGUUUUUCUCACUCUGAAAGCAAAGUUCAAGCCACAGACAAGAGUGAGAAAGAGCAAGAGCCGAUGACAUCAAAAGAGCGUGCUGAAGUCGAUGGUUGGAGUCCUGCAGAGGGAGCAUCUCCAAGUAAUUACUGUGCUGAGGACAGUCAAGGAGCUGGUGAGCUUGCAAGUGCUGGGACCCUCCAAAGUGAAAAUCCCCCACCUCCUGAAAUACUGGAAGAAAGAACAACAGGAAAGAAAAAGACCACUGGAAAACAAAAAAGCAAAUCAUCUUUGGAAAAGUUCCCAAAACCUGAACCAUCAAAUUUUGUGGGUGACUGGCCAGUUGAUAAGACAAUCAGCCAGAGGACCAAAAGGAACCGGAAAACUGAAAAAGGUUUAUCUGUACAAAAUGACAAGAAGUGUCAUCGCCCUCAGUCGCAGAUAGUAUUUGAUACUAGGGUGUCUGUGAAUACGGAUCAUGUCCCACAGCGAGGCUCUCCACAUGGAAAGGACGAUCUUCCAGAAGUGCCCAGUAGCUGUCAGUAUGAUCCUUACAAAAGUACCGAGCAACCCUCCUUCAGCACUGUGGGCGACUGGCCCUCACCUGCUUCAUUAGCUCAGAGAGAGCACAGGUCGAGGAUACCAAAAGCUGGCUUAAGUGAAACCAGCUUAGAAUUUGGAGCUAGUGACAGUGUGGGUGAAAUACCCUUGUACCCCACACAUGAGGCCUACUGGGGCACAAGCCCUGAAGAACUCAAAUCACUGGGUUCCACCCUUCGAAGUUCUGAAAUGCUGCCUAGUAAAGCAACUCACGAGGAUCAAACUUCCCUGAGCAAAACGAUUCCUAGCCAGCAUACACUGCCCCUUCCCUUCUCCAGUAGUGCAGCUGCGCUUCCUGGAGUCGUGGGACCUCCUCGGUCUCUAGCAGUGGGGGUGUCUGGGAUUGUCUCUGGAGUAGAUACGAGCACAUAUGCCCAGACUGAGCCCCAAGAUUUUGCUCUUUUGUGGAAACUAGAAAAGAAUAAAAUCAGUGUUUCAGAUUCUGUCAGAGUGCUAACAGGAAAACUAGAUGGGUUUAAGCCAAAAGAUUUUACUACUAAUAGGAAAUUAAAUGUUCAUGAAGCAAUUCCAUACAGAGUAAUGCAUGACAAAAGCACAUAUGUGGAAGAAAGUGAGCUCACCAGUGCCGACGAGUCUGAGAAUCUUAACAUCCUUUGUAAGCUAUUUGGGUCAUUUUCCUUAGAAGCCCUGAAAGAUUUAUAUGAGAGAUGUAAUAAAGAUAUUAUUUGGGCCACGAGCCUUUUGUUGGACUCAGAGACUAAACUAUGUGAGGACACUGAGGUUGAGAAUCCCCCCAGAUCAUAUGACGAGUCACAAGUGGGGCCAUUCUCUAUGGGGCUGGAUUUGAAGGAAAUUAUUGGCCAUAGAGGAACCUCAGAAGAUCCUAAGUGUUCCGUGUCAGAAUUUAACCCUGGGGCUGGUAUCAGGAACACUAACGCACAGUCUGCUGGUGAUGCAGAGAAGGGAAACUCGAAGCAGGAAGAGAUAAGAGCUGUAAAUCCUGAAAAUCCUGAGCUCAUUACCAGACUAUUUCCUAAUGCUGCUGUAAACAUAAAAAGUAAUACUGCAGUAGUUCCUAGCACUCAGGCUGACGUGUCGGGUGUACACAGCUUUAAGCUGCCUCUUUCGCUUACUCCAAAACCUAAUGUCCUCAAAGAUGUUAGUGAAAUGGAGAAGAAUCUAGUAGCCACAGAGACUGGCGGCAGUAUUCAUUCUUUUUUAAAUUUAUCUGAUAUUAUCAACUCUGCAACAAGCACUUCAAAUCCUGACUUAAAUGAAGUUUAUCUUACUAGCUCGCUGGAAGUAAAGAAAAAUGACAAUCUUCCUAAGGAUUAUGUGAAAUUUGGAAACAUGGAAGAAUUUAUCAAUGAAGAUAAACAGGAAAUGGAGAAAAUUCUAAUGCCAGGAACUAGUUUGUCAGCUGGAGUUAGUCGAGAGGAUCGAACCGAGGUAUUGAAUCCCACACCAGUGAUGGCCAAAUCUCUGACCAUAGACUGUCUGGAGUUGGCAUUACCCCCUGAGUUGGCUUUCCAACUUAAUGAGUUAUUUGGCCCAGUUGGUAUUGAUUCAGGCUCUCUAACAGUUGAGGAUUGUGUGGUUCAUAUAGAUCUGAAUCUGGCUAAAGUGAUUCAUGAGAAAUGGAGAGACUCUGUAAUGGAGCGACAGAGACAGGAGGAGGUGUCUUGUGGCAAGUGCGUGCAAGAUCCUUUGCUGGCUGGACCUGCUGUUCUUGAUAAUUCUGAACAAAAAUCAUCUCAGAAAACAGGCAAAAAGUUAUUGAAGACUUUAGCGGCACCUGAGACACCAGAUCCCUGGAACACUCAAACAAAGAAGGUUUCACUGCGAGAAAUAAUGUCAGAAGAAAUCGCCUUACAGGAGAAACAUGAUUUGAAAAGGGAGACACUUAUGUUUGAAAAAGACUGUGCCACUAAACUAAAGGAGAAGCAGCUCUUUAAAAUAUUUCCAGCCAUUAACCAAAAUUUCCUGAUGGACAUUUUCAAAGAUCACAACUAUUCACUGGAACACACAGUACAGUUUCUAAACUGUGUUCUUGAAGGAGACCCUGUGAAAACAGUUGUCGCUCAAGAAUGCGGUCACCAAAAUGAGAAUAUCACUACUCACACUGCUUUGAAAUCAAAAGAGAAAAAGGCAAAGAAACAGAGAGAGACUGAUGAUACGGCAGGGGACUCGUCUUUCCAGGAUUUUGAGUACCCCGAAUAUGAUGACUACAGGGCGGAGGCUUUCCUGCACCAGCAGAAGAGGAUGGAGUGCUACAGCAAGGCCAAGGAAGCCUACCGCAUGGGGAAGAAGAAUGUGGCCACCUUUUAUGCUCAGCAGGGCAGUCUUCAUGAGCAGAAGAUGAAAGAAGCCAAUCACCUCGCUGCUGUGGAGAUCUUUGAGAAGGUCAAUGCCUCUCUGCUGCCACAGAAUGUCUUAGACCUGCAUGGGCUGCAUGUGGAUGAAGCUAUAGAGCACCUGACGGCAGUUUUACAGCGGAAAACAGAAGAAUUUAAGCAGAAUGGUGGUAAGCCCUACCUUUCUGUGAUUACGGGGAGAGGAAACCACAGCCAGGGAGGAGUUGCUCGCAUCAAGCCAGCUGUCAUUAAAUACCUCACAAGCCACAGUUUCAGGUUCUCUGAAAUUAAGCCAGGGUGCUUGAAGGUCAUGCUAAAGUAAGAUUCAAAAGCCCUGACUUAGAGGCAUGAAGAUUUAUAGGCUGAAAUUGGUUUUAUCUGCAGUAAUUCAGUCAAUUCUACUCUCAGAUGUGUUUUAUUAGGAAUAUAAAACAAGAAAAAGGUUUCUCAGAAUCCAAGGAAAGUUUUUUUACUGGAUCAAAUUCCAGUCUGUUACUUGGUAAAACAUUAAAAAGAAUUUUUAUUGAUUAUAAUAUGCCUAAAAAAUUAUCACCUGCAGUUUAAAAGUCUUAAGUACUCUAGUUUGUUUUUAGGAGAAAACACAAAACAAGAACAAUGAAAACGCUGCCUUUGUGUUAACCGUUUCCUAUUAGAGAAGUCUGUAGAAGCCUGUGAGGGGCACUGUGCUUUUGAAACCUGGUUCCUGGCUCUCAAAGGACUGGGUUCAAAAUAGUAAAGGGGGAGGACGAUCAGCAGAACUCGGAUUCUUUCUGCUUUUGAAGCCCGUCACACAGAGUCACUUGACGUUGCUAUCCUGUGCAGAUGGGCGGACACUCGGUUAUCCUUUCCUCUGUGUCUGUGAUCUUGAUCCCUUCCCUUCUGUGCUGUUCUGUGCUGUGCAUUUCCUGGGAGGAAAGCGGGGUCUGAGACUAAGCUGCAGUCUCAGUUCAGAGGAGAUUGCCUACAGGACUGCUUGUGGACCCAUCCGAGAGUUACUCCAGACAGUGCUAAGUGGCUGUUUUAUACUUGUAACGUCAUUUCUAAGCUACGUGAGUUAAAAAUCCUAUUGAUAUAAGUGUGAAAACAUACUUUGGUAUAACUGUAAAAGAAACCCUUGUAAUUAGAAAGAUUUUUUUACCUUUAUUUUGAAAAGGAGCCAAUUUUCUGAAAGAAAAGUCUCAUUGGCUUCUGUUGGGCCAGUGUCCUGUUAGAAUGUAAAUUUCCUUUAUACAGACUUAGUAUGGUGAAGUGUAAUUUUUCUAUAAUGAGAUAGUAGUUAAAAUAAAUUUAACUUUGGAUAUACAGAGUAUUUUCAACAUAUACAGUGUUUGCAAACAAUUAUGUUGCUUUUUAUUUGGCUUACAAAAUCACCUUCAUCAGGAAUGCAGCAUUGCCCUGCACUGAAGAAUACUGACAGACAGAAUGAGCCCCAAAGAACAGAUAUGUUAGCAGGAAUAAAGCUCAAAACCACGUUCUUACAUCUUGUGAAUCAUGCUUUUAAAAUAAGAGCCUUACCAUUGAAUUUUAUUGUCAUAAAAACAAAAAUCCAUGUUUAUUACCUGCAAAUGGUUAGUGAUUACUGAUAUUCGAGUAGUUAUAUUUUUAGACUUGUAAUAAUUUGUUUUAAAAAUUGCAGUAGUGUCUCACUUUUUGGUAGUGCUCAGAGGUGUUAUAUAUAUUAAAAAAAGCAGUUCCCUUUUAUAACUUAGUACAAAAACCAUAAUCAGUAGUUAAUGAAGUAAGCUUAUUUCUGUUUUCAGGUUAAUACGAUUUAAACAGUGAGAAACAGUAUUAAACCUGCAGUUAUUGGAGUGUGUGCAGCUACAUACUCUUUUUCUGUGUUUUAUAUUUUUCAUCUUUUAAAAAACUCAUAUUUGAGUACUUGAGAUAGUCUUAUUAUAUUACUGUGAUUAUAAUUAAUAAGGGAGCAAUGAGGAGAAGUACAAGCCUGGCGCACUGUGGUUGGAGGCCAAGGGGAAGCAGCUGUCUUGAUGCUGUGCACGGCCUGAUUCUGAGAAGUCCAGCCGUGGUUCUGUGUGAUGGAGUGACCUAAUAGAGACCUUGACGUCACUACGCACAGCAAGUCAGCCACAAACUCACAAUCCUUCUGCCUUACCUGCCUAAAUGUUAAGAUUAUAGGUGUGCUUUGCCAUGCUUGGCUUCCUAUUCCUUAGUUAUUAUCUAUAAAAACACAAAGCUUGAACAUUAUACAUAUAUACAUAUAUAUAUUUGUAGUCCCAAAAUUUCUCCCCACCCUACUAUCUGGUAUUGUCUAAGCAGUUACAAUUAUGAAAGAACAUUCUUUGAUCUUUCUUUUGCCAAUCUCUGAAUUUCAUGUGCCAGCCAAAGGUAGAUAUUUUGGGGAUCAUGGUUUUUUUUUUUUCUCCACUUCUAAAUUUUGUAUGUCAGAAGGAAAGAUGGUUUAGAAAUAAUCCAGGUUAGAAGAACUCUUUGUAAACCUAAUAUUUUAAAGCAUUUUAAAAGUACAGGAUUUCUUCCAAAACCUUGGAAGCUCUCAGUAGCAGUUCUAUACAUCUAAUAGUCUGUUGUUGCUGUCGGCCCGUGUGAGAAGAGAAUGGACAGGACACCGCGGUGGGAGUGCAGCGGGGCCAGGUCCUCAGGACCGUCCAGCCCAUUCCUGACUCCUGGGAGACAACCUGAGCAUGUCUUCUGACAUUCAUUAGCUAUUCAUAUGUCACUGUUAUUUUCGAGUUGAAAUUUUCUUCUGUUUAUUACUAUUCCCACACUACUUUUAAUCCUGGGGCUGAAAUGAUUGUAUUCUAACAUAUAUGGAGAAGGAAAGCUUCCAGUUCCUUUGGGUGGUUUCCUGUCCUUUGUUCUUUUUCUCUUUAAAUUCAAGUGUUCUGUUUGCUUUAGAAGGACACAUGUAAUGACAAGGUUAGUUAUUUCUGAGCUGGCAAUUGGAAACUUUUGAAACUCAAGAAAUUGUUCUGACAGUGUUUUAGCUGCUCUCAAAAAAAAUGUUUGAAACAGACAAAAAUAAUGUGUGCUGUUUUUUCCGAGUGCUUUUCCGUUGUGCAAUGAGGUGACAUUUGAUAAUGCUCUGUGCUGUGCUUAAAUGUUGCUUAUUUUUAAUUACUUGUAAAGAAAACAGAUUUAAAUGUCUGUGUGGCCAAAACCAAGUGCCAUUUAAAAGGAAAAGUAAGGUGAUGUAGAAUGUAUGUUAAUGGUGCUUAUUUUUUAAAGUUUAAUUUAAGUUUACAGUAUUACUUGGGAAUAGAGAAGCAAGGCUAGAACCUCUGUGUCCUAAGGCCUCAUGACCUCAGUUAGAUGAUGACGACGUUCAUUCAUUGUGUCCUCACAGCUGAGCGGUUGACUUCUGUGGUCAGAUGAUGAACCUGUUGUUGUUGUUGAGUUUACCCCAGACGUCUCAUUACUGUGCCGCACUGCAGCUAGGGUUGAAGAGAGACUAUAAGCUGCUCAGACAGUAUAUAUUAGAAGCAAUGUUUUUGUUUGUACUAUAAAAACGUGAUUUUUGCUGUCAACUCUGUACUUUUUUAUUGAAAAUGUUUAUAACUUUGCUUUUAAAAUUUCUUAUAAAACCAUUUGCAAAUUACACACUUAAUUUAAUAAAAUGCUUUAGUCACAGUCCAAUGUGAAGAAAUCUUUCGUUUGAUGUGGUAGCUUUAGUGGCUUUUAUAUUAAAGAAUAUUUUUGCAUGUAUCUUUGUGAUUCUCUGGGAACAGUGUCAUAAAGUUUCCAUUU